AUGUUCUGCAUCCCAUCUUCUAACUAGCUGGGUUGUAUAUGUAAAGAAUAGACAGCUUGGAUGGUGAUAUAUGUCUGAGGUUGAAUGCGUAGAUUGUUAAUUAUAUGUUAAAAAGCGGGACGACGCCGGUUUAGGUCUCCACUGUUGCUUUCCGCCAUGUUGGCUGCAUGUGGGAUUGGAACUGAAGAACCUGUUUGUAAAGAUUUUUAGCAGGUGUCUGAAAAUGGUCCGCUAUUCUCUCGACCCCGAGAACCCCACUAAGUCAUGCAAGGCGAGGGGCUCCAACCUCCGGGUUCACUUCAAGAACACCCGUGAGACAGCCCAGGCCAUCAAGGGCAUGCACAUCCGCAAAGCCAACAAGUACCUGAGGGAUGUCAUCGUCAAGCACCAGUGUGUCCCUUUCCGUCGCUACAACGGCGGCGUGGGUCGCUGUGCUCAGGCCAAACAGUUCGGCUGGACUCAGGGUCGCUGGCCCAAGAAAAGCGCAGAGUUCCUGCUGCACAUGCUCAAAAACGCAGAGAGCAACGCUGAGCUGAAGGGUCUGGACGUGGACUCCCUGGUCAUCGAACACAUCCAGGUCAACAAGGCCCCCAAGAUGAGGAGACGCACGUACCGCGCCCACGGCCGCAUCAAUCCUUACAUGAGCUCGCCGUGCCACAUCGAGAUGAUCCUCACCGAGAAGGAGCAGAUCGUCCCCAAACCAGAGGAGGAAGUGGCCCAGAAGAAAAAGGUCUCACAGAAGAAGCUGAAGAAGCAGAAGCUGAUGGCACGCGAGUAAAUGCUAAUAAAAACAACUUGUAAUAUCA